AUGAAGGCAAGGGCUGACGAGGCCAAGCGGCAGAUGGCAGAGAAGGCCUUGCGUGAGCAGGUGGACGCCCUGCGCUCGGACGGCGCCCGCUCCCUGGAGCAGGCUUUGGAAGCCGAGUCCGAGAUGCGCUCUGCCGUGGCCGGCCUGGAGGAUCGCACACGGGAGCUGCAGCAGCAGAAACAGCUGGUCGCCGCGCUGCGGGCGGAGAUUGCAGAGCAAGAGGUUGUGCAUGCAGACCGCCAGCGAUCCGAUGAGGAGCUCUCCACGGCGCGGGAGCACGUGAAGGCUGUGGAGGCAGCAGCGGCACAGGCGGCCACGGCUGCAGCCGCCGAAUUUCGAGAGGAGAUCGCCUCCCUGCACACCAGCUACGCGCGUCGGCUGCAGGGCCUCCGCGCGGAAUGCGGCGGCCAGCGCCGUGCCGCGGAGGUCGUGGAGGACGAGCUGCGGCAGCUUUGUGCAAAGGAGGUGGAAGCAAGCAAAACUGCACAGCUGGAGCUCCGGCACAUCUUCGGCGAAGAGUUGGCCGCAGCUCGCGACGCCCAGGCUGCACUCCGCGAAGCCGUGGAGGCAGCCACGGCCGGUGAAGUGGCGGAGGCGUCACUGGCUAAAGCUGCGGCCUUGGAGGAACAGGCUGCUGUGGCAGAGUGCCGGGCAUCCGUCCAGGACGAGGUCACGUCUGAGCUCCAUGGCCUCCUUCAGGCCGCGUGUGCCGACCUCUCGGGUGACGGCACUGCUUUGCGAGGAGUGCCACAAAGCAGCCAGGAGCUUCUCGUGGAGCUUACCGGAACCCUUCGCGACGCCAUUUGCCACGAGGUGCAAACGAAUCCUUGCAGCAGCCUGCGGCGGAGCUUGUGCAGGGAUCUGCGCCAAGAGCUCCGUGACCAAGUGCGCAGUGAGAGCUUGAGCUCUUGCCGACUGUCACGUCGCGAGGCUUCAUCCAGUCGCAGCACAACGGGCUCUCGAAGCGAUCGAAGGCCCACUUGCUCUGUCACCUCGCCGAAGAGCGCUGCGAAGCAGGAGCUCUCGCGGCGCGGCGCGGCGUUGAUGGCCGCCUUUGCCCUUGCGGAGGGCGACGAGGCCGGCUUCUCUCCCAUUCCCAUGGAUGGCCAAAGUGAGAGAGUUUGGUAG